GGCAGCACCGGAGCCUUUAUUUUUGUUAUCAUUUCAAUUUUCAACUUUUCGAGGAUUCAUAAGCUACAUAAUCGUGCCACUGCUAAAGUUUGCAGCAAAAGGAUUUUUUAGGAUAUUUAUUACUUUUGAAUUAAUUUGUUUGCAAAAUGUCUGUAGUAAGGAGGCUACUGCAAGGAUCAAUUUCUAGUCCUAGCCAACUUAUUCUUGGGUGUCGAUCUUUGAGCAACCAUGCAGCUGCUGCCCUUCAAGUCAGCAAUGAUAGCAAUCCUGUCGGCACACCAGAUAAAUUGUUCAAGAAGAUAACCAUAGAGCUGAAGGGACACGAAAAAGCGGUCUUGAAAAGCUACACAACAGUCCUGAAAGCAGCGGCAACUAAUUUGGAUAUACCCAGUGAUGAAAUAGUCCUCGUACCAAAGGCAACGUAUAACAGACUUACACUCCUCCGCUCAGUGCACAUCUACAAAAAGCACAGGGUUCAGUACGAGAUGAGGACAUACCAUGCUAGUUUGACAUUACGAAGAUUGACAGGAUCAACAGCAGACACCUAUUUGGAAUAUGUGCAGAGGAUGUUGCCAGAAGGAGUGGGAAUGAAAGUGUCAAAGACAGAAAUUCAUCCAACUCCAAAUUACAUGCAGCAACCCUCGGCUUAGCAUAAAGUCUUUAGUUAGUGCAGAAUUAUUAAACAAUAGUCCUUUCUCAUCCCACUUUAAUUGCUUUUUUGUGUGAAAAUAAAAUCAAUUUGAUUUAACAUAAAUUUAAUUUU